AUGGGUGACAAUCGUGGAUAUGGCGAUAAGAGACAUCGCGGUAACAGAGGUGGCGUUAAAAAAAGAAUGGCAAUGGGUGGUGUUGUUGGUUUAGGUGUACUUGGAGGUCCAGGACCAAUGCGAUCAUUUCCUAGACCUCAGUUUUUGUCCAGUGCUAAUUCUGUGCCGGUCCCGUAUGGCCUUCCUGCCCGACCUGGUUAUGGGCCGAUACAAGCAAAUCCUUCGGGUAAAUAUGGUUUCUUUGAGGGACCCCAAGGUUUCGGUCCUCCCGGUUAUGAGGUUUGUGAAAUUUAUGGGUUUAUUGUUGUGUUGUCCUGA